AACCACAAGGAAGAGUCACGCUCAGCAGCAGUGUGCCAGAAGAGAUGCCCUCCUGUUGUUCAUUUAUGGUGUAAGAAAAGGAUCAACUUUUUCUAAUCAUUGGCGUAGGAGCAGCUGGAGCAACAUAUCGCUGAACCAAAGUUUGCACCAUGGUUGUCCAAGAGUCACAGGAUACAAAACUGACCCACAGUGAUUCUGUUUCCCCAAGCCAACAAAACAGAUCCAACACAUCUUUAUCCCAGUUCUCUGGAAACUCACAGCAUUUUACUUCUAAUGAAAAUAUCUAUUAUGAGCCAGAGGAGUACACCGAGACAGAUUUUUUGCUCCCAAAUCAGCUUUAUGGCAGGUCACGGCUCACCAGAUCCCCUCAACCAAAAGAUGCAAAUGUCUCAGGUGCACCCGAAGAGUCCAUCUGUUCCAUGGUUGUGCAGAUUCUGGUGCCAUUUCUGUUGGCUGGGCUUGGAACAGUUUCUGCCGGGAUACUGCUCGAUAUUGCUCAGAGCUGGGAGGUGUUCCAAGAAAUCACAGAGAUCUUAAUUCUGGUCCCAGCUGUUUUAGGCAUGAAGGGAAACUUGGAAAUGACUCUGGCUUCAAGACUCUCGACUGCUGUGAAUGCAGGAAAAAUGGACUCUCCCAGAGAAAAGUGGAUGUUGAUUGCUGGAAACCUGGCACUCAAGCAGCUACAAGCUACAGUGCUGGGCCUGCUGGCUUCCCUAAUGGCAUCUCUGUUGGGCUGGAUGGCAGAAGGACAGAUGCCCUUUAAUCAUAUAAUGCUCCUAUGCUCAACCAGUGUUUCUACUGCAUUUGUGGCUUCACUGCUGCAAGGUAUCGUUAUGGUGGGAGUGAUCAUUGGCUCCAAGCGGAUAGGAAUCAACCCUGACAAUGUGGCCACACCGAUAGCAGCCAGCUUUGGAGAUCUCAUCACUCUUGCCUUGUUGGCAUGCUUCAGUCAGUGGUUCUAUUCCUUUAUAGAACUUUAUCCAUAUGUGUUGUAUCUGGUAAAUCUAUCAUUUUUAUGCCUGAUUCCUGCCUGGGUGGCUGCCUCAUCCAAACAUCCAGCCAGUGAAAUCUUGCUGCACACAGGCUGGGAACCCAUCAUUAUAGCAAUGCUCAUCAGCAGUAUUGGAGGAGUUAUUCUGGACAAGACUGUAUUAGAUCCAAACUUGGCAGGGAUUAUAGUUUAUGCCCCUGUCAUAAAUGGUGAGUUGUUCUCUUUAUUUGUGUUCUUGUAUUUGAGAUCAUAACAACAUAUUGAUGUAAUAUAUGGACAAGU